AUUCGCUCUCGCAUCACGGUGUGUAAACGCUUGAAACUGAAAUGUGACAGGCGGACGCCUUGUGGAUCGUGCGUGAAGCGCGACACCGUCCAUAGAUGUUUAUACUCUGCCGCAGCGGCAGAAAAGAUAGACGUACAAUCGUUGCACAACCGUCUUCAACUCGUUGAAUCUCAAGUAGCCCAAAUAGCCGCCGGU